GAUUAGGAAAAUAUUUUCUUUACGCGGGAGGUCAAAGGUUAUAAACAAAAUGGCGGAACUCUGAGGAGCUGCAAACACUAUGUUGUGAGCAACCGGGUGCAGAGGAUAUACUCAGAUGUUUGGGGACUUGGCACAUGGAGCAGGGGAUGAAUGGUCCUGUGUCUUAAUACCGCAACAAUACUAACUGCUGCUCAGGGGACUCGGUUUUAAGAAUACGUACAGGAGGGUUGUGGGGAAAACGGUACCGCUGUCUCUGCAGGAUCAAACCGAAAGGAGACCGCUCUAAACAAAGAGGGUCGAGCUAGAAAAGCAGCCCAAUACGGCUAUGAAGAGAGCCGCAACACGGAGCAGACCCACGGCUCAUUGACCCCCUGUGAGGGCUCCAUCUCCAGCAAGGAUGAACAGGAAGAAGGAUAAGGGAUUUGAGAGCCCACGCCCUUUUAAAUUGACCCACCAGGCGGUGUGCAUCAACAACAUCAACUUCCAGAGGAAAUCUGUCAUCGGCUAUGUUGAACUGACCAUUUUCCCCACAGUGGUCAACCUGAACAGGAUCAAGCUUAACAGUAAACAGUGCCGAAUCUACAGAGUCAGAGUCAAUGAACUUGAAGCCCCCUUCAUUUACAAUGACCCCACACUGGAGGUGUGCCACAGCGAGUCCAAGCAGAGGAACCUGAACUAUUUCUCCAGUGCCUACACAGCAGCAGUGAGUGCUGUGGACCCUGAUGCUGGAAAUGGGGAAUUGGUCAUCAAAGUUCCCUCGGAACUCUGGAAACAAGUAGAUGAUUGUUUCUAUUCUUUUCACUGGCUGAAAUGGAAGUUUGAGACCAUGGCUGAUAUGCUGUCCUACUGGUUUUAUGUGUCUCCAGAGAUGAAAGUGUUGAAGGUCUAUAUAGAAUUUUCUCUGGACCAGCCCAAAGGAGGUCUUCACUUUGUGGUCCCAGAUGUGGAGGGCAGCAUGGCAGAGAGAGGAGCACAUGUUUUCUCCUUUGGAUACCAGAACUCUACCAGAUUCUGGUUCCCCUGUGUUGAUUCCUACUCAGAGCUGUGUACCUGGAAGCUGGAGUUCACUGUGGAUGCAUCCAUGGUGGCGGUGUCCUGUGGGGACCUGGUGGAGACCAUCUACACCCAUGACAUGAGGAAGAAGACCUUUCACUAUGUCCUUCCCAUCCCUACAGCCGCUCCUAACAUCUCCCUGGCUGUGGGCCCCUUUGAGAUCCUUGUAGACCCCUACAUGCACGAGGUGACCCAUUUCUGCCUGCCGCAGCUGCUCCCUCUGCUCAAACACUCCAUGUCUUACCUGCAUGAGAUUUUUGAGUUCUACGAGGAGAUCCUGACCUGCCGCUAUCCUUACGCCUGCUUCAAGACUGUGUUUGUGGACGAAGCCUACGUUCAAAUCUCCUCCUACGCCUCUAUGAGCAUCUUCAGCACCAACCUGCUCCACAGCCCAAUGAUCAUAGACCAGACCCCGGACACCCGCCGCUGCCUGGCUCAGGCUUUGGCUCAGCAGUUCUUUGGCUGUUUCAUCUCCAGAAUGUCAUGGGCUGAUGAGUGGGUGCUGAAGGGGAUCUCUGGCUACAUCUAUGGGCUCUACCUGAAGAAGACAUUCGGAGUCAAUGAGUACCGGCACUGGAUCAAAGAGGAGCUGGACAAGAUUGUGGAGUAUGAACUAAAGAUGGGAGGUGUCCUGUUGCACCCCACUUUCGGUGGAGGCAAAGAAAAAGACAAUCCAACCCCUCACCUUCACUUCUCCAUUAAGCACCCCCACACCCUGUCCUGGGAAUACUACAAGAUGUUCCAGUGUAAAGCCCACCUGGUGAUGAGGCUGAUAGAAAAUCGGAUCAGCAUGGAGUUCAUGUUGCAGGUUUUCAACAAGCUCCUUAGCCUGGCCAGCACAGCCUCGUCUCAGAAGUAUCAGAGCCACAUGUGGAGUCAGAUGCUUCUCUCCACUCACGCCUUCCUCAAAUCCAUCUCCAAUGUCUCAGGCAAAGACAUUGGCCCCCUCAUCAAACAAUGGGUGUUUUCUGCCUUAACCUUUGAUAUAUCCAGAGACCAAAGUGGUGUGGUGAAAUUCUAUGGCAGUUUUGCCUUCAACAGGAAGAGGAAUGUGCUGGAACUGGAGAUCCGUCAGGACUACACAUCAUCUGGAACUCAGAAAUAUGUGGCCCCGGACUUUUCUGCUGUGAGGUCGCUGUAUUUAUUAUCUGUGCUGUCCAGAACCAUUGCAUUCAUUGUGACCAGAACCAGGGCUAUGUUCUCCUCCAGUCACGUGAACAUGUCCCUGCAGGGUCCCAUCAAGGUGACCGUACAGGAACUGGAUGGGUCCUUCAACCACACUCUGCAGAUAGAGGAGAACAGCCUCAAACACGACAUUCCCUGCCACUCCAAGAGCAGAAGUGCUGACUCGCCUCUCCUGUGGAUCCGCAUUGACCCGGACAUGUCCAUCCUGAGGAAGGUGGAGUUUGAACAGGCAGACUUUAUGUGGCAGUACCAGCUGCGAUAUGAAAGGGACGUGGUUGCUCAGGAGGAGGCCAUCUCAGCACUUAUAAAAUUCCCCACGCCUGCCUCCAGGUUGGCUUUGACUGAUAUUCUAGAGCAAGAACAGUGUUUCUACAAGGUGCGCAUGCAGGCCUGUUUCUGCUUGGCUAAGAUCGCUAAUGCCAUGGUGAGCACAUGGCAGGGUCCCCCAGCCAUGAAGUCCCUGUUCACCAGAAUGUUCUGCUGUAAGAGCUGCCCCAACAUCAUCAAGACCAAUAACUUCAUCAACUUCCAGAGCUACUUCCUGCAGAAGACAAUGCCAGUCGCCAUGGCUCUUCUCAGAGAUGUGCAGAACCUCUGUCCCAAAGAUGUCCUCAACUUCAUUCUUGACCUCAUCAAGUAUAAUGACAACCGGAAAAAUAAAUUUUCAGAUAACUACUACCGUGCUGACCUCAUCGAAGCACUGACCAACUCUCUGACUCCAGCCAUCAGCAUCAACAACGAGGUGCGCACAGUGGACAACUUAAAUGCUGAUGUCCGCCUCAUCUUGGAGGAGAUCACACGCUUCCUAAACAUGGAGAAGCUGCUGCCCAGCUUCAGGAACACCAUCACCGUUAGCUGUCUGAAGGCUAUUCGCCAGCUACAGAAGAACGGCCACAUCCCCAGUGACCCCUCGCUCUUCAAGUCCUACGCUGAGUAUGGACACUUCGUGGAUGUCCGUAUCGCUGCGCUGGAAGCCCUGGUGGACUACACCAGAGUUGAGAGGAACUCUGUAGAGCUGCAGUGGCUGCUCACCAUGGUUCAGAAUGACCCGGUUCACCAUGUCAGGCAUAAGAUCCUGGGUAUGCUCUGUAAGAACCCCCCCUUCACCAAGACCGCCGACUCGGCUCUGUGUAACGAAGCUCUGGUGGACCAGCUCUGGAAGCUUAUGAACUCAGGCACCUCCCACGACUGGCGGCUGCGCUGCGACGCGGUCAACCUCUACUACACGUUGUUCGGUCUGACUCGGCCCUCGUGCCUGCCUCUGCCAGAGCUGGGUCUGGUUCUCAACCUGAAGGAGAAGAAAGCUGUGCUCAACCCCACCAUCAAGCCUGAGCUGGGGCCCGGUGCCGUCAUGGACUCCCCUGCCAGCAUAGGCAUCCACGGGGUGGGGAUGAGCUACACACCGAUGGAUGAGGAGCCAGAUCCUGUUUCUCUGGGUGUGUGUGGGGUUGGUCAGCCUCCUCAGGGACUGAAGAGGAAGACGGAGACCCCGCUGGGCUCCCCCCCAGAGCCAGGGCAGGUGCUGCAGCAGCAGGAGGACGAUGCACGGGGGGGGCGCUACAAGAUCAGGUUCAACACCAUGGAAGAGGAAGAUAUAGAUAUGGAGACCGUUCAUGACAGUCAGGCCUUCAUCCAUCACCAUCUCAACCUGUUAGACAGACCCUCUACACCAGGGAAAGAGCCCCCGUUAGUUGAGCAGUCCUUGCUCUCCCUGCCUGCCACGCCUUUGCCCUCCUUCUCCAAAGAGACCACCUCCUCGUCCUCCAAGCACGGGGGCGACCACGCCCACCACCACCACCACCACCACCACGAGCACAAGAAGAAGAAGAAGAAGCACAAGCACAAACACAAGCAUAAACACAAACACGACAGCAAGGAGAAGGAGCGGGAGCGGGACAACUCCCACGUCUACAGCAACAGCCCGGCCAGCGGCCGCUCCCUGCGCUCGCCGAGGCUGGACACCUGCGGGAGGCUGGACACCUGCGGGAGGCCGGACACCUGCGGGAGGCUGGACACCUGCGGGAGGCUGGACACCUGCCCGUCUGAGCGCUGA